AUGAGGAGAGGUUCCCCAAGAAUCAGUCUGCCCAAGACGGAGCAGGCUGAAGAGGUACCAAUGUGUAGGAGCAACCCAACGUGGCUGUCGGAGCCCAGCUCCUCCUUCCCUUGGAGGAAUGUAGCUCUCCUGCUGCUUCUCCCUCUCUCUUUGGAGCAGACUUCUGCAUSGCAGUCCAACAAGAUCAAAGUGAAACCUGGAGAGUGCCCCAGAGAGCGGCUCUUCUGUGACGUCAUGAGGCCGGAUUUAUGCAAAUCGGAUUUCAACUGCCCAGAUUACAUGAAGUGCUGCACUUUCGCCUGUGGGAAGAAGUGCAUGGAUCCAUAUGAAGAACCCUGCAUGCUACCCUUUAAAGAAGGAGACUGCAAGAUGAGACUGCAGCGUUGGUAUUAUGACUUUAAAAAACAGCAGUGUAGAACCUUUAUCUAUCAUGGCUGCCAAGGGAACGCCAACAGCUUCCUCAGGCUGGAUGACUGCAAGAAGGCCUGCAUGUUAAUUGUCAAGAAAGGACAGUGCCCACUCUUCCCUUACACCUCUCGAAUGGAGUGUCCAAAGCCAUGUAAGAAUGACAUGGACUGCCUGAUGACAGAAAAAUGCUGUGACUCCAGGUGUGGUUUUGUUUGUGCCAACCUCUGGCAAGUCAAACCAGGUUUUUGCCCACGUAUGCCUCAGAUGUGUAAAAAGAUUAGUAAACCAAUGUGCCUUCAGGAUAGCGAUUGUCCAGAGGGGGAGAAGUGCUGUUCACGCUGUGGACUGAUGUGCUUGGCACCCCUGAAAUGA